AUGGUCCAAACAUAUCAAAGUCCAGUUAGAAUUUAUAAAUAUUCUUUCGAGAUAGUUAUGGCUGCUUACGAGAGACGCUUUCCAACUUGUCCUCAAAUCCCUAUUUUUGUUGGAUCUGAAAUUACUUAUGAGUAUCAUUCGGAAGAUGGUGCAGAAGAAAUCAUUGAGCGUAAAUGUCAGCUAAACGUUGAUGCGCCCUAUCUUUUAAAAAAGAUAGCUGGCGUAGAUUAUGUGUAUUUUACGCAAAAAAAUUCAUUAAAUCGACGAAAGCGGACUCUCCUUAUAGAAGCAUCAAAUAUCUCAUUUGCAAGUCGUAUCGAAAUCAAGGAAACUUGCAUGUAUUAUGUUCAUCCUGAUAAUUGUGAAUGGACAUGUUUUGAACAAAGUGGAUCGCUUGAUGUGAAAUCGUUUUUUGGUUUCGAACCCACAGUUGAAAAAUUGGCAGUUAAACAUUAUGCUGCUAAUCUUGCAAAGGGCAAAGAGGUGAUGGAGCAUUUCAUCGAUGAACUUAUUAAAAGUGGUGUGACGUUUAUACCGCCAUUCAGUGAUAUUACAGAAGCAGAUGCUGAUUCUGCAGUUAAUAGUUUCAAACCAUGCGAUGAUGAUAAGAAAACGACGCGAAAGACAAGCAUUAUCCAUCCCGAUACAAAACUUGAAGCAGAUUAUAUCAGGCGCUUUCUUGGUCAGUUAAGUCCACUUGAGGAAAGUCGAUUAUGUGAACUAAAAUAUGGUCUUCAUUAUUCACAUAAAGGGAAAUUGCCAAACGAUGCACAUCUUCUGCGAUUUUUACGGGCACGAGAUUUUGAUGUUGUAAGGGCUAGUGAAAUGGUGCAGAAAAGUUUGCUCUGGCGUAAGCAGCAUAAUGUGGAUAAAAUUUUGCAAGAUUUUCAGCCUCCAGCCAACUUAUUGCAUUUCUUUCCUGGCUGUUGGCAUUAUAAUGAUAAAGAUGGCAGGCCGAUAUUUGUUUUACGUAUUGGAAGAUUAGAUGUGAAGGGUCUUCUGAGAGCGUUCGGUUUGGAAACAAUUGUUAAAUUUACACUUUCCAUUAUUGAGGAAGGUCUACUGAAAACAAUAGAAGCUACUCGCAAUCGAGGUGUACCUAUAAGUACCUGGACACUCUUGGUUGAUGUCGAUGGAUUGAGUAUGCGACAUCUCUGGCGGCCCGGCAUACAAGCAUUGCUGCGUAUUAUCGAAAUUGCUGAGGCUCAUUAUCCAGAAACAAUGGGUCUAGUGUUAAUUGCUCGCGCACCACGGAUAUUUCCCGUUUUGUGGACAUUAAUUUCACCAUUUAUUAAUGAAAAUACGCGGAAAAAAUUUAUGGUGAACGCCAGUGAAUCCCUCCCUGCUGAAUUAGCAAAAUAUAUUGACGAAAAAUAUGUUCCCGAUUUUCUUGGUGGUCCGUGCCCAUGUAAAGCAUCGGAUGCUGGCCACGUCCCCAAAAGUCUUUAUAGAAGCGUUGAUUGUAUUGGUUUGGAUGACGACGAUGCUCUAUCUUCUACUUAUCAAUCAGCCAAUGUAUAUAAAGGUGUACCUUACGAAGUUAUUGUAAAAGUUCCUAUCAGAGGUUGCGUAUUAACUUGGGAUUUUGAUAUCAUAAAGGGAGAAUGUGAAUUUGUAAUAUAUUCAACGGAAAAGUUGCUUGAACCAAUUCCUCAUCCUGGUUCGCCUUCAGUAUUAUCGCCAGUGGAAAUAGUUACCCAAGCUAUUGGAACUUCUUUGACUUCCACUCUUUAUUCGGAUCCAAAACUUAGUAUUGGAGUUGAUUUAAGCGUUGAAGAAAAACCCGUUCAGUUCGCUGAGGGCGAUUCAAUGCAAGGAUCGCAUUAUUGUUUAAGAGCUGGUACUUAUAUUCUACAGUGGCGUUAUAUAGAAGCAGCUAUCAGUCAAUCAUUUGAUUUUUCUAUAUCACAUCACAAAUGCAAAUUUAUGUAUUACCAUGAAUUACUUAAUGCACUUGAUUUCAAAGGAUCAGUUGCUUCAUUGGAUUCAAGAAAGUCAUCUUUUUCAUCGCUUGCUGCUGCAGCAGCUUCAGUUCCAGCAACGCCUGUAUCUACUAAAAAGAAUUCUUAG